AUGGCUUCGGUCUCUACAUUAAUGGAGGAUAUUAGCUUGGUUGGUGAGCAAAUAUUUGAUCAUACUUCUUUGAUACGAAAUCAGAUUAACAAAUUUCUGGACAAUUUUGAACGAAAUGAACGGCAUAAAGAAUUUGAUGGUAUUAUUCGUGCUAGUCAUUCGUUGGUGGAAGCGGCAGAUGUACCUUUGGAAAUGGUACUAGUAAAGAAUGAUUUGCGAAAGCUUAACGAACAAAUUAAGAAAACAACUUGUGCAUUGUCAGAACUCACAGUUCCGCCUUAUCGUAAGGAACACGACGAAUAUUUAGAAGCAAUACGUAAAAGUCAGAAUGAACAAAAAGCAAUAGUGGAAUCAGCAAUUGAACAGCAGCGACAAGCGUUGAAAGCGGGUGAUAGUAAUGCAGAUGAAGUCCUUGUUUCCCCCAAUAUUUCCAGUACUACUGAAAUUAACUUGGAUUGA